AUGUUGAUCGGUCUGGUAUACGGUAGCUAUUUUCUCUACCGUCGAUAUGUGACAGACGCGAAUGAUAAGCGAGAAUCAGAUGAAUACCUGCGAAAAUUGGUAAGACAAGUCAACGAUUCACCGGAAACCACGUGGAAAGCGAAAUUCAAUAAAUUUGGAGUCAAAAAUCGGUCGUAUGGAUUCAAAUAUACAAGAAAUCAGACAGCGGUUGAGGAAUAUAUGGAACAUAUCCGCAAAUUUUUCGAAUCCGAUGCGAUGAAACGACAUUUGGAAGAACUCGAAAACUACAAAUCUUCAUCUCUCCCAAAACACUUCGAUGCUCGUCAAAAAUGGCCCAACUGCCCAUCAAUCUCAAAUGUUCCAAAUCAAGGUGGCUGUGGAAGUUGUUUCGCUGUAGCUGCCGCUGGCGUUGCCUCCGAUCGUGCCUGUAUUCAUUCGAAUGGAACAUUCAAAUCACUUUUAUCAGAAGAAGACAUCAUUGGAUGUUGUUCGGUGUGCGGGAAUUGCUAUGGAGGCGAUCCAUUGAAAGCGUUGACUUAUUGGGUUAAUCAGGGACUUGUUACUGGUGGUCGUGACGGUUGCCGUCCGUACUCAUUUGAUUUGUCGUGUGGUGUCCCAUGCUCGCCAGCAACGUUCUUCGAGGCCGAGGAAAAACGGACGUGUAUGAGGAGGUGUCAAAAUAUCUACUAUCAGCAGAAAUAUGAAGAGGAUAAGCAUUUUGCAACGUUCGCCUAUUCCCUGUACCCCCGCUCGAUGACAGUAUCCCCAGAUGGAAAGGAACGUGUGAAGGUCCCAACAAUCAUUGGACAUUUCAACGACAAAAAUACCGAGAAAUUGAAUGUAACUGAAUAUCGAAAUGUGAUCAAAAAGGAAAUUCUGUUGUAUGGACCAACAACAAUGGCGUUCCCGGUACCUGAAGAGUUUCUGCAUUAUUCGAGUGGAGUGUUCCGUCCAUUCCCAUUGGAUGGUUUCGAUGACAGAAUUGUUUAUUGGCACGUCGUACGAUUGAUUGGAUGGGGAGAGUCUGAUGACGGACAACAUUAUUGGUUAGCUGUCAAUAGUUUUGGAAAUCAUUGGGGUGAUAAUGGUAAGGAAUAUAUGAAAAUUUGA